ACUUUCAACAUGGCAGGAGUCAUGGCGGACUUUGUAUGAAGUUGCAUAAUUGCCAUUUAAAGGCUAAACUGUGAUCUAUAAGAAGCGUAUAUAACUGUUACAGACGAUGAACUGAUACGAUGGAUGAAACGCCUGACGACUACACCAGGGAGUUUUACGCAGAGGGAAGAACUCGAGAUACAUCAAGCCUUCUUGAGCCAGAAUCAUCAGAACAUAUGAGCAAUGGCUUGGUGGAGCAACUUCAGCUUGUUCAACCUCAGAUCGUUGAAAGCUCCUGUUGUCCACAAAAGCCAUUGUUAUACCUUACAAUGGCUGCAUGUAUGGCUGGACUGGGUGGAGUUCUGUUUGGUUAUGAUAUAGGUGUGGUGUCUGGAGCAAUUCUUCAACUGAGAGCUGAGUUUCAUUUAGAUUGCACUCAACAAGAGAUGGUGGUGAGUUCCAUGCUGAUGGGAGCAGUUCUGGCAUCACUGAUAGGAGGAUUAAUAGUGGAUUUUAUUGGAAGACGUCUGGCUAUUGUCAUUAAUUCUGCAGUGUUUCUUAUUGGAGCAGUCAUUUUGGCAUUUGCACCCUCAUUUGCAAUUCUGAUUAUUGGUCGUUUUAUUGUUGGGUUUGGAGUGUCCUUGUCUGCCAUUGCUGAGUGCAUCUACAUCUCAGAGAUAGCUCCUGCAAAUAAACGUGGCCUGUUGGUAUCAAUCAAUGAGCUUGGUAUAUGUCUUGGUCUUUUGCUAGCUUACUUGGCCAAUGUGAUUUUCAUUGAUUUACCAUCUGGCUGGCGCUACAUGUUUGGAUUGUCAGGAAUUCCAGCCUUUAUCCAAGGUAUAGGAAUGUUCUUUUUACCAUACAGUCCCAGAUGGCUGAUAGUAAAUGGACAGGAUGAAAAGGCUUGUAGAAUGAUUCAGAAGCUUCAAUGGUCAGGUGACCCACAUGAAGAGUUUACAAGGAUCAAGUCUGGGCUCAAAGUGGAAUAUCGCUACAAGUUCACAGACCUGUUAAGCAGUAUGGAAAACAUGAGAAGCAGGAUGCUUGUUGGUGGUGGAAUUGUGUUUUUUCAACAGUUCACAGGUCAGCCAACUGUGGUGUAUUACGCAUCAACAAUCUUCCAAGCGCUCGGCUUUCAAAGUGGUGAGAAGGCAACGUUAGCAAGUUUAGGCAUCGGAAUAGCAAAGCUUGUUGCUACUAUAAUAUCUCUCAGUACGGUGGACAAAGGUGGUCGUCGUCGUUUUCUUCUCAUAGGUGUAUCAGUGAUGGCUGUUAGCAUACUCACGUUAGGGAUCAUUUCACAUUACUCACCACUGGGUCUGCAUCCAACCAGGAAAUGCCACUUUGUUACGCAGACAAGGAACUUUACUGAACCAGCAUCGAACCAAACACACAUGGCAAACAAAGGAUUGCGGUAUUUGACCCUCAGUGCUCUGGUACUCUUUGUUGGUGCCUACUCAUUCAGUUUUGGACCAGUGUCUUGGUUGGUGUUAAGUGAAAUUUUUCCAGCUGGUAUUAAAGGCAGAGCUUUUUCCAUCACCACUGUAAUCAACUGGGGCACAAAUCUGUUUGUUUCUCUCACAUUUCUUGACAUGCUAAGUGGCAUUGGAACGUCUUCAACCUUUAUUUUCUAUGCAGUUGUAUGCAUUCUAGCUCUACUAUUUGUUUAUAAAUAUGUCCCGGAAACGAAAGGCAGAACUUUGGAACAAAUAUCCGCAGAGUUGAAUGCAAGAAAACCACGAGAGAUCCUGCCAAGGAAACUGACCUGUUGUAAGGGCAGAGGAAGACGAAGGUUAAGAGAGCUGGGGACAAGACCUUCGCCUACUGGGUCUGCCACUGAUAUGUUACUGGAGAAUUCUUGCUGAAAUUUGAGCCGUUUGGAUAAUUGCAGUAAUUGACAUGUGCAAGACAGUUCAAGGUCGUCUGAUCGUCAAUCUGAAAUCCUUUGCAGCCAUCGAUUGGUUACGCCACUUUAACGCUCGUGGAUGUGAUGACUUGCUCAGAAGAGGAGGAGAAAGAAUCGAAGGAAGAACUAUUCGAAACUGCUGAUAAAGAAAUUACGAAAAAGCGAAGGAGUCGAUCAGACUGAACUCUUAAAGUAUAGCUAUUUUCAGCGGAACACCUCAAAUGUUCAAUUCCUGACAGAUUCAGGUAGAAUAGCAAUGAUGUGUUCAGUUUGUUGGGUUGUGAAUCACGUUUUAUAUUUUUUUUUUUGCACCGGUGCAAAUAGCAAACGUUGAAAUUGAGCUUCUCAAGAUAAUAGGGAAGCUGCUUGAAAUUACCUUUUCUAUGUAAUAAAUCAGAUAUGAUUGCCUCA